GUGUGUGUGUGUGUGUGUGUGUGUGUGUGUGUUCAUUAGAGUUAGAGACAGCGAUGUUAAUGGUGUACAUGUUGGUGUUUUAUGUGUUUUUAGAUUAAGACUUUAUCAGUGAUGGCAGUAAAUCUGAGUAAACACGGUGCAGCACUCUCUGAUGCUUAUAAUGAAGUGGUGAAUGGGAGAACUGACACUGACUGGGUUUUAUUUACAUAUGAAGGAAACAGCUAUGACAUCCAAGUAGCAGCAAAAGGAGGUGGAGGUUUAGAUCAGAUGGUGCAGGAGCUCAAUGCGGGUAAAGUGAUGUACGCAUUCUGCAGAGUGACUGAUCCAAAUUCCGGGGUGCCAAAAUUUAUACUCAUUAACUGGACUGGUGAAGGAGUGGCAGGUGUGAGGAGAGGUGUGUGCGCUAAUCACUUCAACUCCAUGGCCCAUUUUUUAAGGGGAGCUCAUGUGAUGAUUAAUGCACAUUCAGAAGAUGAUGUUGAGCCUGAACUCAUUAUGAAUAAAGUCUCUCAGGCUGUAGGAGUGACUUACAGCUUACACACUGAAUCAAAUGAAUUUAACAGCACUUCAGCCUCACGUCCUGUGGGUUCAACGUAUCGCAAAACCAACGCAUUAGAGGAAAUUAAAGGAACUAACAGGGACAACUUCUGGGCGCAAUUGGAGAAAGAGGAACAAACUCGCCGUCAGCAGGAGCGAAAAAAAGCAGAGGAGGAACGACAGAGAGUGGAGAAAGAGAGAAAAGAACAGGAGGAGAGAGAGACAGCAGAGAGAGAGCGACAGCUGAGAGAGAGAGCUAAACAGAUCAAUCAGCAGAGACUGUUUGAGAAGAGACAGGAAACCGAGCAUCAAAAUCAGCAGCGACGGGAACCGGUGGAGCAAGAACUUCGGUCUGCUGAGUGGAAAGGAAUAAGAAGCUCCAGAUCUGUUCAGGAAGCCAAUGGUUCAAAGUAUUAUAAAACCAGUGCUUUAGAGGAAAUUAAUGGAACCGACAGGGAAAAUUUCUGGGCUCAAGUGGAGAAAGAGGAACAAACUCGCCGUCAGCAGGAGCAAAAGAAAGCAGAGGAGGAAAGACAGAAAGUGGAGAAAGAGAGAAUAGAACAGGAGGAGAGAGACACAGCUGAGAGAGAGCGACAGCUGAGAGAGAGAGCCAAACAGAUCGAUCAGCAGAGACUGUUUGAGAAGAGACAGGAAACCGAGCAUCAAAAUCAGCAGCGACGGGAACCGGUGGAGCAAGAACUUCGGUCUGCUGAGUGGAAAGGAAUAAGAAGCUCCAGAUCUGUUCAGGAAGCCAAUGGUUCAAAGUAUUAUAAAACCAGUGCUUUAGAGGAAAUUAAUGGAACCGACAGGGAAAAUUUCUGGGCUCAAUUGGAGAAAGAGGAACAAACUCACCGUCAGCAGGAGCGAAAAAAAGCAGAGGAGGAACGACAGAGAGUGGAGAAAGAGAGAAAAGAACAGGAGGAGAGAGAGACAGCAGAGAGAGAGCGACAGCUGAGAGAGAGAGCCAAACAGAUCAAUCAGCAGAGGCUGCAGGAGAAGAAGCAGGAAGCUAAAAAUAUAAAUCAACAGAAAUCGGUGGAGCAAGAACUUCAGGCUGCUCAGUGGAAAGGAAUAAGAAGCUCCAGAUCUGUUCAGGAAGCCAAUGAUGCAGCGGCCAUCAUCUCUCAGCGUGCCGUCAAUCCCAGAGACAUCUUCAGUCAAAAAGAAACAAAUUUCCUCACUAACAGAGCCUCUGAAACACAACCAGCUUGUAAUGGAGAGGGAACGCUGGAGGAAAACAUCUAUGACGUUCCAUCACAUCACAGAGUCUACGAUGAGGUGAAAGAUGACAGAAUGUCAACAGUGAAACAGUCGGCUGGUCUGCAGCAGAGUCUCUACGCUAAAGCUCUGUAUGAUUAUCAGGCGGCUGAUGAGACUGAGAUCACCUUUGACCCCGGUGACAUCAUCACUGUUGUAGAGAUGACUGAUGAAGGCUGGUGGCACGGUUACGGGCCUGGUGGGCAUUAUGGGAUGUUUCCCUCUAAUUACGUGGAGCUCAUAUAAAUUGCACUUUAAUGUUUAAUCUGUUACUGAAAUAUUCCUGAAGGUUUGGUGGUUUUGUGUCUGUUAAACUUGAGCAGUUUGAGAAUUUAUUGAGAUUUACAGCAGUAAAUAUGCUACACACAUGUAAUUAAUAUGUUUAUCAGAUUACUGUUCAGUUGGGUUCCUUUAAAAAACUGUAUUUCUGAAAACACAAACAUUUAACUGCUAAAAUACUGUGUUUGAAUUCAUUAAUUUAGGAAACACACACACACACAUUAAAACAAUAAAGUAAAUUUUACAUGGAGUUUAACUGGAAGCAAUACUUUAUUUCUUAUCUAGAUUACAAGUGUUGUUUAAAUACUGAGGAGAAUAAAUGUUUUUCACUUUUUCCA